CAACUACGUAAUUGGUUUGGCAUCGACAAGUCUCCGAGGGGGAGUUCCCUGAAGAUGUCGAACCAAUACGUUGGUUGGAAUUAGGAAGAUAAGUUUGUUUCUGGUGACAGCAAGAAACAACGAAUUGCGUAGCCAAACCACGCCAUGCAAGCCAGUUCAUUUUUCCCAUCUCCGCUCUCUCUUAUAUCAUCUAAAAUAAAAGGAUCAUGCAUUUGAGAAAAUUAAUCAACAGAACCAUCUACGCGAUGAAGACAUGUCGGAUUCUCUUUUUUUAGAAGAGAGAAAUCAUUGAUUAGGAGGAAAAGGAAACGAGACAAAUAGUUACUUGUUAGCAAUUCAGAGAAAAAAAAUGCUGCAAUUUUUCAACAUGCGUGAGCUAUUAUUCCUAACAUUCCUGGUAUCGUCGUGGUUAUUAAUCCCACGUGCGGAUUCAUCAAGGGUACACCAAACCGGUCUCACGUGCGGCUCAUCGCAGACCCCCGAAUCAAGCGCGUCCAAGUUCAUGGCCAUAAUGGACACGGUGUCGUUUCGGGUGUAUGACCAAGGCUGGGCAGCGCAGGCGCUGCUGGGCUCUGGGCCUCCCAUGUACGCGUUGGGCCAAUGCAGGCGCGACCUGAAGCCCGCGGAUUGCCGCACCUGUUUCGCCGAAGCCCGACAAGUUCUAUCGCACUGCGUGCCCAAGACAGGUGGCAGAAUCUACCUCGACGGUUGCUUCCUCCGCUACGACAACUACUCCUUCUUUCGCGAGAGCGUCGACCCCGCUCUCGACAUCAGCAUUUGCCAGGCGCCGGUUCUCGGAAAAGACGGUCAGGCAAAGGUGGCGGAGGUGGUUGCCAACGUCACCAAGGCCGCGGUGGAGCGUGGAUUCGCGGUGGGCGGGGGCGACGGGGUUUUCGCCUUGGCGCAGUGCUGGGCGACCCUGAAUAAACCCACGUGCGAGAUAUGCUUGAACGAAGCCCAGAAGAAAAUGCAGGAAUGUGUGCCUGCUGCUGAGGGUAAGAGUCUCUUCACUGGUUGUUUUUUGAGGUAUUCCAGGCGCAAAUUCUACAACGACGUCGUUCCAGCACCACAAAUCCAGGAUUCUAAAAAUCCUAAAGAAAAGCCUGGUACAUGGAUGAUCGUUGCAUGUGUAUUAUCAGCGGUUGUAGUGAUUUUACUCAUCCUCAUUGCUGCAUGUCUAUGCUGUAAAAGACUGGCAACUCAGAGAAGAGUAAGCGACAGUUGUGGUGCGUCACCUGGCUUUGCCUUCUUUGCUGGCUCCAGUUUUAGUUACGAUUUGCUUGAGAAGGCCACAAAUAAUUUUGAUCCCGCAAACAAAUUAGGGCAGGGUGGAGCUGGUUCCGUGUUCAAAGGAACCCUCAACUCAGGGAGGACCGUUGCUGUUAAACAACUGUUUUUUGAUGCAAGGCAAUGGACAGAUGAGUUAUGCAAUGAGGUCACUUUAAUUAAUGGAAUUCAGCACAAGAAUGUGGUGAAACUUCUUGGGGGCUGCAUUGAAGGUCCUGAAAGCCUAUUGGUUUAUGAAUUUGUGCCCAAUGGAAGUCUUGAUCAAGUUCUUUUCGAUAAGAACUCGGAAAAUGUUCUGAGCUGGGAACAACGGUUUCAAAUCAUAUGUGGGAUAGCUGAGGGCUUAGCAUACCUUCAUGGCGACUCUGGAUCAAAGAUUAUUCACAGAGACAUAAAGUCCAGCAACAUACUAUUUGAUGAGAAUCUUAAUCCAAAAAUAGCUGAUUUUGGUCUUGCUCGUUGUCUCACUGAAAACAAAUCUCAUCUUAGCACAGGAAAUGCGGGGACACUGGAAUAUAUGGCUCCCGAGUUUGUUCUCAAAGGUCAAUUGACAGAGAAGGCAGAUAUCUAUGCUUUUGGUGUGAUAGUUGUUGAAAUUGUCUGUGGUAAGAAGAACAGUGAUUUCAUACCGGGGUCAACUUCAGUACUCCACUGUGUCUGGAAGAAUUACAAGGCUAAAACUAUCACAGCAUCCAUUGAUCCCACUUUGCAUGGAAAAUUUACGGUAGAUGAGGCAUCAAAUGCACUCCAAGUUGGCCUGCUUUGUACACAAUCUUCUGUUACUCUUAGACCAUCCAUGUCUGAGAUAGUUCAGAUGCUAACCAAGAAAGACUACGCUAUUCCCUCCCCAAAGCAACAACCAUUCCUCAAUUUCAGUGGGCUAAGUGUAAAUGACCGCACUAUAAAUUCCACAACGAGCAAUCUAUCCUCAAACGGGCGUGUAAGUGCAAGGUCCUCCUUCCACAGCACCACCAGUUCCCUACACCAAAGUGAUGAUUUAGCAGUACUAUAGAAUUCCCUUUCUUCUUCUUGUAGGUUCAACACCACGGGGAGCCCUGAUUCAAAAUACCAAAUAAAUAUUGGGGCACCCCAGCCUAGGUAGAUGAACUUGAAAUCUUUGGAUGAUUCAGAGGGUGAGCUAAACGAGGCAUAAUAGAAAAUUGAGGAAAGUCAUUACUCUCCUAAUGAGCUUAAUUUUUAAUUUUGAGGGUAUAAAGUUCUUAUAUGCAAGGCUGGAAGUUAAGCAAAGGAGGACAUGUAUGGGUUUUGCUCAACAUAAGAUGCAAGGAUGAAAGUGAUAAUUAUGGUCAUGAAGCCACUUAUGACUUAUUAUAGUACAUUGUUUUGUACGUGAAGCAGCACUGAAGGGGUAACAAAGAGAAACUCAGGUUGGCUUAGCACUUGCAACUUGUUGAUGUAUUAAAGUUGUUAUGACUUGUGAAACUGAUAUUCUCUUAUUGAUACUUCUCCAAUAUGGUCAAUGGCAUUCGCCAUGAGUUUGAAUUAACAUAUGUCGUGUUUGAUUCGUAACAUUUCAUUCAUUUGUAGUCAUCUACAUGUAAUGAACUAUUAAACUUUAUGUUAUUAAUGACCAAUCUCUCU